AAGACGAUCGGGGUCGUUCGACCGAUUGUCGAAGGAGGUGGGUGGUGGUGGUGGUGGGAGGGGCGGAAAAAGAUGGCCGGGGACGUGGAGAAGAUGAUCGCCGUAGGGAUCGUGUGGGGUGCUACCAACGCCGUCAUGCGCCGCGGGGCUCUCGUCUGGGACCGGAAGCUCCAGCUUCGAUCGCGCACGCCGGGCCACCGCCCCCGCGGCCGCCUCCUCGGCCACGUCCUCAGGUGGAUCGACCUCCUCCUGACGUGGCAGUACUCCGUCCCUUUCCUGAUCAACCUGUCCGCCUCCGCCGCUUUCUUCCACAUGCUGGGCGGCGCCCCCAUCUCCGUCGCCGUGCCGGUGACCAACGCCACCACGUUCGCCGCCACAGCCGUCGCGGCGAUGAUCCUCGGCGAGGAGAUGCGCGUUGGUCUCACCGUCUUCGUUUUGCAGGUCAUUCACAAACACAAAUUUGAUCCCCAAGACAGAGUGGUAAACAUAGCAAAAGUGUGGGAGCUCUCCCUUUGAAACAUGAGGUCCACUAAAACCAUUGAUGUUGGAACUUUGAGCUUUCACCAGAUACAGAAGGUCCAGGGAAAGAACAAUCCCAAGAACUCAAGUGAAGUUUCACCCCACAAUCUCAUGGACACCAAAGCUUUCAUUUCCUUUGAGGAAAUUAAAGACCAUCUUGUAGCCAUUUGGUCUGCUGUAGGUUAAACCUCUACUGGUUCCGGCUCUUGGACUUCUCCAUCACCCUUGGUGCUGCAACAAGGUUACCCAGUAUCAUCAAGCACAACAAGAUUUGUGACCUAAUCUUCUUAGGACUAUAGCUUCCAUCAUAUGUUUGGAAUAAUAAGGGUCAAUUAGGGAGAGAUUCUGUGUUCUAUUUAAGUUCAUUUCUCUUGUAAGUAUUAUCCUGAGAAGAUAGAUAGAUAGAUAGCCAUUCUUACCCAUCCCAAUUGCGUCUGAACCUCUCAUGAUCCUCAAUCUCCUACAAGAAUCAGUAAACAUGCUGCCAUGACAAACACAUACCAUCAGUAGUCAGAUUAGAAUGCAGGAUCAGAUGCAUGUAAUAUGUCGAUAUGAAGAAUGAAUGCUCCUACUGCCGAGAGAGGCAUCGAACA